AUGUUCGCCUCCGUCACCGUUCAAUACAACGCAUGUGGCGACUUCUCAAAGACGAACGGUCGACACCGCUUCGUUCACCCCUUUACGGUCGAUCCUCCCCUCGCGUCCACCGUCUUCCCUCUUACCCUCCUGCGAUGGACUCCGGAAAACCGAUGGAAGCCCGAAGACAUCGCCCAGUGGCUCAGUCCCCAUCUCACCCUGCCACGACUCGAGUCGCUCACCCUCGACGGUGUCUUCGUGGGAAGCACCGACUGCAACGAAGCUUCAGCCCCGUUCCCACAGUCCGAGCGUCAUCGGGGUCAGGGAAAUCUGCGGCAGAUCCGAUGCCCCGUCCACUUUCCAUUCUUCCUUAAACACCACGGUGUUCAUCUCACCCCCAUCAGCCUUUUCUUCGACACGCUGGUGGAUUGGGGCUUGGUGUCGCCGCACGGGAUGAAGACUCUGUAG